AUGAAUAAAGUAUUAUGGCUAGUUUUAUCCCUACUUUUAUUAUAUCUUGAAAAUGCUAGCUCAAAAGAAAAGGGAUCCAAAAAUAUAAUAAGUAGACCAGGAAUUACUACUAGGAUAUCUUCAAUAGGUAUAGGAAGAACUUUUGAUAAAGGAGUUGAAGAUACAACUGAAAUGCUUGAACGAUUUUAUGAUGAUACAACAAAGUGGAGACACUUUCAAACUGUACCUAGUGAUAUAAAAAAUAAAGAGAAUAGUAAAAAUGACCUGAAAAAUAUGAAUAAUCAACAAGAACAGAUACAGAAAGCUGAGGAUGCCAAAUUUUCAGAUAGAGAUUUGGCAAUAGCUCAAACUCCUCCAGAAUAUAAAAUACCAGAUGCUGUUCUGCCAGUAGCUUUAUCAAAAAGUAUAAUGAACAAACCUUCUAGUAAUAUAGAAGAGGAUUCUAUUAAAGAAAAUAAUCAAGAAGGAGUAGAUGAAAGUGAAGGUGAAGCAUCUGAUAUAAGUGGGGUAAAUGAAUCUACAGAAAUAUUAUCUGCAGAAGUUGAUAGUGAGCCAAGUACUGAAUAUUUAGUUGCAGAUGAAUCAGAGCCAUCUGAAAAUCAAGGAGAAUUCUCUAAGAGUUAUGAAGUAGCUGAUGAAGCAAGUGGAAAUGAACAGGAAUAUAAGUUUAUAGAAUCCUCUGAAAACAAUGAAGAUAAAAGUUAUAUUUUGCAUGGUGAAAAAGAAAGUGCACCCGAUUAUAAUAUGUAUGAGGAGUUAGAAAAUAUGAGUAGUGGAAUAGAAAAUGAACAGUCUUCUGAAAUAAUUUUAGCAAACGAAAAGGAUGAUAUUGGAAGUGAUUUAACUUAUAGAUUUGUUGAGGAGGAUAACCCUAAAGGAAUAUACAAUGAUAAGGGAAAAAAAGAUAGAAAGGUAAGGUUUGCAUUAGAAAGUGAUGAAGAAAGUGAUAAAGAUUAUAGAUAUACAGAAGAGGAAUACAAAGGAAAAGAAAAGAAGUAUAAAUCUGGGAAAAACAGUAAAGAGAAGGUAUUAUUUGUAGAAGGAUCAGAUGAUUCUGAAAGUACUAAAUAUAAUUUUGUUGAUGAAAGUUCUCAAGAACAGAACUUUGAAGGAGAUAUCUCUGAACCUAAUUCUAAUGACCGUAAUAAUUUGAAAUCAUUACAACCUGAUAUUGAGAUUCUGGAAAAAGAUGGUAGAUUAGUAGAAAGGCCAAGACGAAUACGCGUUCCUGAAAAUUGGGAUAAAUACUCCCCUGAAGAAAAGAGAAAUUGGAUAAAAAGACAUCGUGGGAAUUUGAAAGAUUUAGAUAUUGUGGAUAAAGAAGAAAUCCUUCCCUAUUUUGAUAGACAGAGAAGACUCGAAAAUCUUGAGCCUGAAUUUGGUGUUUCUGAAAAAUUAAAUUUAAAGAAGAGAUCCCCAAAGCAUCCAAUUGUAAUAGGAGAGAGUGUAGAUUAUGAAGAUCCUCAAUUUGGUAAAGGAAAGCGACGUGAGCAACCUAAAACAGAUAUAGAGUUUACAGAAGAAUAUCCAAGGCUAAAGAGGCAAAAAAGAAGGAAGAGAUACCCUAAUGAAAUUUUAGAGGGGUCUGAGGAGAUAAAUGACUAUAAUAUGCAAAAUAAAGAUAAGAGAAAUCGUUACAAGGCUUCUCAAAUGUAUGAUACUCCGGAUUCAGUAUUACUAAUAAAAAAGAGACCCCAUCAAGUUGAAGAUGUUACAGAUGAACCCGAAUAUAGUUUUGAUAUGAGCCAAAUGGAUGACCAUAUACAACUAAAUAGAAGAAAACCUUAUAUAAGAACCAAAUUUGAAGAUUUAGAUAAAGAAGCACUUAGAGAACUAAAGAAAGGUAUACGAAGAGUGAAAAUUUCUAAAGAUAAUCCUUUAGAAAUAAUUCCUCUAGUAAGUAAAUUUGGCCCCGAGAUAGUUUUUGAAGAAAUUAAACGAACAAGAAAACCUUUACUAGAGAUAUUAGAAGAAGGUGAGAUUCCAGUAUUAUAUCGUAGUAAGCUACCACGAGUUGCUGUAAGAUGGGAGGAACUUAGUCCUGAGGAGCGUCUUAACUUAAAAAAAGAGUGGAAGGAGGAACUCAAGCGAGGUACUUUCUGGGAUGAGGAAAACUUUAAGGCAAUAUGGGGACUUGAAAAAAGACUUCAAGGGAUUUGGGGUAAUGAACAUACAUCGGAUAUCACAAAACCCAUAAUUCGUGGAAUAUUCGGACCUGAAAUCCCCACAGAAUUAGAGAAUAUUAUGCUUUUAGGUGAUAUAAUAUCAUCGACAGCUCCUGAUAAUAUACCUAGACUUUCUGCUAGACAACAUUUGAAUUUUAAUUCUUGGCUUGACCCUGAACCAGAUAUAUCCCUUGAGUUAAAGGGAAAGUUUGGACUAGAUGAACCAAUAAGUUCACCUUGGGAACUUCAGAAUUUCUCAAAUAAAUUAAGGCCUAUUAAGAACUAUAACUGGAUGGAGCCUUUGAACCGUGAAGAAGCUUUGCAGCUAUUAACUAGUAAUAUUGCAGAAGAAGAUCUUGGAGUUUUACCAAAAUUAAGACGCAAAUAUCCGUGGCUCAAAGAUUUAAAAGACUCAGAGGUUAUUCUUCCCAUUCAGAUAUUGGAUGACUUUAUACCUACUAAUAAUAAACCCAAAGGUAAUGAUUUUGCAUUGAAUCCUGAAAAUUAUUGGUAUUAUUCUGAAAUUCCAGAUGAUAAAAAGCUAAACAAUGCCUUGGUAGAAAUCAUAGAACAACUUGGGGGAAUUUCUACUAAACCCAAAAAAAAAUCUAGACAUAACAAACCUUUGAAGAUUAAGUCAAAUAGCUUAGAUAUUACUGAAUUACUUCAGGAUAAUCGAGACAUAGUUUCGGAUUGGGAUCUGGAGACUAUGAAGUAUCUAAGAAGUUUAUUUGAAGAUUUAUAUGAAGACAGUGAUGAGAUAUCAAAAUUAGAACCAAAGAAGAAAAGAUUACAUAGAAAAAAUAGGAACUUUCCAAUUUGGUAUUAUGGUACUCCUGAGGAAAGACAUCGUGAAAAGGCUUUAGAAUUUAACCCUGAAGUUGGAGCUGGAAUAGUUGGGUUGAUGGAACGUAGUGAGUUAGAUAAGGUAUAUAUGGACUCUAGUGGGAAUAUCUUGCAGCCUUUUAUUCUAGAUUUAAUUAAAGAGCAAUCAAGUGAAAUCGAUGAAGAAAAUUCUGAAGUUUACUCUGAGGAGUAUGAAGAACCCAUAAAACUUAUUGAAUAUGGUGACAAUAAUUUUUAUUUACGAGACAAUAAAAAUAAAAGCUUGAACUUUAAAAAGAAAGCUUUAGAUUCUUUUUUAGAUGGACCUAAAAGGCGAGUUAUAUUUGAUGACUAUGAUGAUGUUUCUGAGUCGGCCCUUAGCAUCUCUCAAAUCGAUAAAACCCCUGUCUAUUCUGGGUUUAAUCCAAUUAAAAAUUGGACUCCCUUUGGUAAGCUAAGAUCUAAGCAAAGUCCUAAAGUAAUUAAAGUGUUAGAAGGUGAGGGUGAAGAUAUUUUAGAUACAAUUAAAGAGUAUCACGAAAAUGACCAAAGUACAAUCUUGGAGUUAUUAGAUGGAGUAGAACAAUAUAAGAAUAAAAUAAAAAAAAAAAAUGGUGAUAACUUUGAUUCUGUGAAGUUUAUAAAUGGACAAGAUGACAGAGAUUGGAAUUACAACAAACAAAUUCGGAAUUUGGAGAAACCAAGAAAAAAAUCUACUAAUAAAUAUAAAUUGAAGAAAAAACCUAGUAGUCCUCUUUGGUAUUAUGAUGAAUCAAUUGGUGAUUUUUGGGAUGAUCAAUUGAGCCAAAAUAAUGAUGUUAUAGAUAAUGCAGAUAAUAUAAAACUUCUAGAAGUAAUUGGGUUUCAGGAUGAGGCUGAUGAACUAUCAGAAGAAUAUAGAAAUACUCCAAUUAAAAUCUACAAGGGGAAAAAAAAACUGAGACCAGAGAUCUCCGAAUCAUCUAUAGAAGAGCAGCAACUUUCAGAAUUUAUAGAUAGUGGUAAACAAAGCCAAGAUACCGAAACUGAAUUUGAACUAGCUUCUAGUGAAGAAAUGAGUCAAAGUAACCCAAGAUUACGCAAUUAUGGGUUCUUUGAGGAUGAUCUUGAUCCUUCGAUUAUUCUAGAUAUAGAUCAGAAAGUUGGACGAGAAAGGUCUAGGAGGAGAAAAAAGCCCUUCAUAAAGGCUUCAAAUGAUCCAAGAUUGAAGCCUCCCAAAAGAGCUUUAACUUUGGAGGAUAUGAGGAACUUGGAUAGACUCAUUACAUUAGAUAAUCAUGAUCUUUCUGAAGUCAGAAGGCUUAGAAGAGACCUUUUUGAUAAUUCUUCCGCAAAUGCAGAUGUUCAAGCUUUAAAAGCUCUGUUAGACAAGUUACAUUUAGAUAAAGUAAUAAACUUCGACAGUAUUGGCAAAGAUGAAACUUUUGAGACAGGAUCAUUAUCCGAUAUAGAAAGCGAGUGUACAUCUGAAUUUGAACCUUCAGAGUCUUCUGUUUUAGUUUCUGAUUUUACUGAAGAGAAUAAUAGAACAAAUGAUUCUGAGAAAUUAAGUAAUGAUAUAAGUGACUGGGAUGCUGUGAUUGAAGAAAUUAAAAAUAUACCAUUUGCUGGUAAAAAGACAUUUAAUAAGAAGUCUUGUAAGCAGAAGAGUAUAAACAAGAAUAAGAAAUCUGAGAAAAAGUCAAAUAAUCAAGCAAGAGGUGGAGAAUAUUCGUAUAAAUAUCUUAGUCCAGAAGAAGUCAGUACCCUGGGAGAUCUGGGCCUGAGCCCAAAUAUAAUCAAAAAAGUCAAUGAUUAUGUUAAAGAGGGUCCUGAAGGAAUUCAGAAAGCUUUAGAUUAUAUUCUAGAUUCUUUGGAAGCAGGGAUAAAAACGAAAGAUGAAAGUAAUUCCAAAAGUGAGCGUAACCCAAAAAAACGUAAUCGCAAACACAACCAUAAUAGAUCCUAUGAUCUGGAGUCGAUUAGUCCCUCUCUGGCUAGGUAUGUUAAGCGUAUAAAUGAUUUAAUAGGUCCCCAUGAAGCUCUUGAUGAGUUGUUAAGUCGCUUAGAUCUAGAUUUGGAAAAUGAUACACCUAUUCCGAAGUCUAUUACACACUUUGUAACACCUCAGGUAUUAGCGAAACUUAAGAAGCUUAAAAAAGAAGGAAAAAAGAAUGAUAGAAAAAUUUUGAAAAAAAUGUUCGAAGCACUAAGAGUUCCAGAAGAAGUAAAGAAGAAAAGACUUCUUGGUGAGCUAGAUGAAGAGGAUAUCCUAGCUGUUGAAAGGCUUCGGAAAAAUGGAAAACCGAAGCAAGCUUUAGAUGCAUUGCUAACUGCUUUGGGUCUGGACCCAAAACUUCAAAAUUAUAAUAGAGAUAUAGCUUCCAAGAAAUUGAAUGAUGAAUAUCCGAAAAGGUCUAAAUUUUUGUCUGAUAUUUCAGUUGAAGAUCUAGCAAUGGUAAAAGAACUUACCAAGCAAGGGCCUGAAGGUUAUAACCAAGCAGUUUCAAAUUUACUAAAAAUUUUGGGGAUUCCAUUAGCCUCAGAUUUAGAUUUAUCUUUUGAAGAGAGUGUAUUAGAAGACUCUUCUCCUACAGAAAAAAACGUUAACCUAAGAACUCAAAAAAGAAAGAAAAUCUUACUACCAAAAGAAAGAAAAGGUAAGAUAAAGAGAAUAGAAUUUGAUGAGUUUUCAUCUAUUAUUCCAGAAGAAUUUACAGAUCGACUUAAGUAUGGAGUAGUAAUUCCAGAAAAUAAAGCAGAAAUUCUAAAGCGAGUAACUCCACCAAAGUCCAUUCUCAAAAAUAGAUCCUAUCCACCUCCAAGAUACACUGAUAAACCCUUGCUUUCUCCAUAUGAAGAGCAAGUAAGGAAUUAUAUCAAUAACAGGCGACAUAAGCUAGGGCUUCCUACAAUUCCUGGAUAUCACUACUGGAGCUAUAACCCCAAUUUAGAAGGGAGAGCCUCUUAUCUGGAAAUCAGCACUCCAUCUCAAAAGAGAAAGAAAGCUUUGAUGAAUCAAAAGAAGCGUCUGCAAAAUCACUUAAAUAAAGAGCAUAUGGUCCCAGUUUCAAUUCAUCCAAAUGGAAAUCAAGCAGUAAAAAAGACUAUUAUGCUGAAAUCCUAUGUAGAUGACGAACUGCCAAUUGAUAAAGAAGAAAUUUUACUCUUCCAAACCCCAGAAUAUCAAGAUGACGAGCUAUAUCAAAUUGCAGAGCUAUCAACCUUAUCAUUACCCUCAGAACAAAAAUUCAUCCCAAAUCCUGUACCUCCAAAUAUGGAAAAACCAGUUUAUAGAGAGGAAUAUACUUUCAUAUCUGAUGAAGAUCCCCUACAAAAAUUUUACCGGAUUUCGCAAACUUCCCCAAUUUUAGAUAUCUCCAAAGUCCCUGAGCCUUCCAAGAAAAUCAGUAAUCUUGUUACACUUCCAUUAGACAAUCCUCAAAGAACAUUUUAUGGUUAUAUUAAUAAUAAUUUAAGUGACUACGAAAAUAGUUUAUAUUCCCAAGAUUAUAUUGACUAUUUGAAACUCAAUUCAGACUUAACUCCUGUAGACUAUAAUCAGGCUAUGGAAAAAGACUGUUUAGAGAUUGAAAAGAAACUUAAAUUUAAGGAUCUAUACUGCAAAGAUCCUGGAAAUAAUGAAAAAAAGAGGAAAGCAAUAGAUCCAAAGAGUUUAAUUAAAGCUGUAUCUAAAAUGAAUCGAGGUCUAGCUAAAUCCUUUAUGAAACAAAUAACUUUCGUCUAUAGUGUAGCUUCACUAUAUUUUGAUCGAUUUCCAGUUGUUAAGGGUUGGAACAAAGCUAUAGAACACCAUAGAUGGGUAGCACUACCUCUAGUUUCUCCUCAAUCCUACAUUCCAAAUAUAGGAGGCCUUAAUCUUCUGCAAAAAAUGUUAUGGCAUCAAACUCUUCAUAAAUCUUCUCGGCUAUCUCCUAGACGCGUCCUUCUAAUUGUCUUAUCAAAGAAUCCAGUAAUAAAAACCAAUAUACCUGAAAGUACAGUUGGAAUUGAACAUUUUGCAAAUUAUAAAACACCAGUAUAUCUAAAAAUGAAUGUUGAAGUGACUCCAGAGAAUCUUAUGAUUGUUCCUUUAGCUCAAUUAGCUCUCUGUAUUAAAGGAGCACUUCAGAUACCAACAAGAGAUAUAAAAAAACUUAAUAAAUCCUCUAAAUCAAACUUGGGAAGUUGCUACAUUGGAGGAAUUCAGUCCCAUUCAAGUGCCCAGAAGGUAUACGAUAUAGUGCUAAAGUUUUUGCAUUCAAAUACUGAUCUUUCAAUGGCUAAAUUCCUUAUAAUACCUAUUCGUGUGGGUAAUGAAGAUUUGAACAAGCAAAUAUUAUCUGGUGAACAACUAACUACUAAGAACCUCAAAUUUGAAGUCUCUGAAGAUGCAAUUUCUCCAAUUAUAUCAGAUAUAGACUUCAGUAUAUUACAACUAGAUAUGGUUCGUGAAAGUACACAAGAAGUCAAAAAUAAAUAUUCGGCUGAACUAACAAAACUAAGUGAAGAUUUAAUAAAACUUUAUAUCAUCCAUUCACAGGAUUUGGAAACUCGUUCUCUAAGAGCUAAUGGCCCCAAAUCAAUUGUUGUGCCUAUGGCUUUCCCUCAAUUAUACAUAAAAGGUUACAAAAAUGCAAGAAAAUUAGUCAAUAAUAUACAAAACAAAUACAGGCCUAUAAGAGGAAGUAGAAGCUAUAGAAAAAAGUUACGUCCUGGGUUUAUACUCUUAGUAAAUGAUCCUUUCUUCAAGUUAGAAGAAUCUCAAUCAUCUUAUUUAAAUAAACAGCUCAUCAAAAUUCAACAAUUCUUCGCAAAUCCUUACAGUUUCAAAAAUUAUGAUGCCCCAAAACAUGAAGGUCCCGUUUUAGAAAUUCGUGGUGUAAACAGUCUUGAAAUUAGAAAAUACUUGCUUGAUGCAAUGGCUAGAGGUGCCCGUCAACCUGCAACUACUCCCCUAGUAAUUGUACCUAUUUACGUUGAUGCUAGCAAGAAAGAGGGGAAAAUUCUUAAGAAGCAUAAAAAAAAAGUGGUCGAAGUUUUUAACACAAAUUGA